GCAUUGCAAGUGAUCCAGCGACGCGCCCCGUACGGAUGGAAUCGGCGGAGCAGCUGCCGGACGCCGGCGAGCUGGUGCCGCGCUUCUUGCGAGAUGGCGGCAGCCUCAUCAGGCGAGUUUUUCGGGGUGAACAGAUCCUCCUUGCCUGCGAUUGAAGAGAUCCAGAUGAGCCAGCUGGGUGGGUUCAGCCACUUGAGUGUGACCCAGGAGUCAGCCCAGGAUCAGAGUACCCUGCAGAGUACCCUGCACAGUACGCUGCCCGCGUUUCGCCGCAGCACGGGCGAGGCCGCCUCCUCCGUGUUCCCAAUGUCCCAGCAGCGAGCGUCCAUGCUGCCAACGUCCUAUCUUCCAGGCUCAAAGGGGGCCUCGACUACCUCGCUGACCCCCAGCUGCUUCAGCCUGGUGCUGGUCUUUGCGCUCCGGGACGUGAGGCUUUGGAUGCCGCUCCUAGUGGUGAUCCCCAUCUCCGUGGCUCAGUUCGCGGUUCUGUACAUCAUUUCCUUCAAAUCGCCGCAGUACAUGUUCGCGAACGGGCACUGGCUGGUGCCCCACUCCAGUGCCAACUCCUUGAAUGCCAUGAAGCUCUUUGCGACCGUGCUGAUGCUGGGCCAGCUGGCCGAGGAGUUCCGCGAGAUCGGGGAGUCCAUGAGCGUGCUGCGGUCCAGUCGCCUGCAGCGGGCCUCCAGGAAACGUCUGGCCACCUGCUGGAUCGUCAUCUCCCUGCAGUACGUGCUGGCUUUGUCGGUGCUGGUGGCAGCGGAGCAUUUGAUCCUGAGCCGGGAGAACCCCAUCGAGCCUUUGUGGAUCACCUACUACGUGUUCAUGACCCUGAACUUCGACAACAUGCUUGUGAACUUUUGGCUCUACGUGCAGAACAUGGAGCGCACCAGGACUUGGAGGGUAGAGCUGGAGAAAGCAACUGCCAAGCCCCAGGAGCGCCGCAGGUGUGACUGGCAGCGGCUCUUCGUGCUGUGGUUGCCCUUCCUGCUGUCCGUGAUGCUGACGGUGUGCUGCCGUGUGUGGAAUGUGCUGCCUAUGACUUUCCUGUGCUAUGGCUACGUGACCAACGAACAGCCAGUCGCCAUGCUGUCGAACCUCAAUCUCCCUGGCGGUUGCUGCUCUGCAGUGGCGCAGAUCAAUAAGAGCCAGCCCUCGGGCAACGUCAUCAGCGUAAGCGUCCCUUGCCUGGCGCGGGACGCCCCCGAGGACGACCUCGGGGGCAAGCUGCGGCCAAUCGUGUAUUGGGUGGCCUGGCCAGGCCGCCGCGUCGCGCCCAGCAGCCUGCAGGUCCGCGAGGGCCGGGGCGGCGACGGCUCCAGGGCCCUGCUGGCAGGCUCCGUGGUGGCCAAGCCGCUGGAGCUGGUGCCCUGGAUGCAGAGCCACGACUACAAGGGCUCGCAGAUCCGGAAAGUCUUCGAAGAACUCACGGACGAGGAGGACGGCCUGGGGAUGUACCGCUUCACCUUUCCCUUUGUGGCGGAGUUCCAGGCGCAGCCAUGGCCCUGGACGGAGGAGGCCAAGAUCUACGCGGUGGCGCAGAACGUGCGGACAGGCGCGCUCAGUGCGCUGCCAGCGCCAUCCAAUGUGCUGCACAGCAAGCUCUGCCCCCCGCACUGCGAGCAGUGUAACCGCCAGGGCAAGUGCCGAAAGUGCCAGGCCGGGUCCGUGAUCCACGGCGACAGCUGCCUCGUGUGCGCAGAAGGCUGCAGCAAGUGCGUGGCGGAGCAGAAGACCUGCCUCGAGUGCGAGGCGGGCUUCGGUCUGGUCACCACCCUGGCCUUCGCCCAGUGCAUGCCCUGCGACAGCCAACACUGCCAGCAAUGCGACGGCAAGCUCGAGGUUCAUCCCCCGCACUCCCGGUUUGGAUUGGUCUCUUUGCCCUGCAAGUUGUGCAUCCCCGGGUGGGGUCUGGAUGUGAACGGCACUUGCGAGCAGUGCGAGGCCCCCCACUGCCUGAGCUGCAUGGGGGCCUGGAACUGCACCGAGUGUGAGGAGGGCUUCGUGCGGGUGCAGGAGGAGGAUGACGGGGGCAGCUGGAGCUGCCAGAGCUGCGGGCCAGCGUGCCAUUCCUGCAGCAAAAUCGACGCAUGCGACGUGUGCCAGGCGGGUUUCACGCAGCAGAGCGGGGUCUGCAAGCCCUGUGGCUCGUUCUGCAACAAGUGCGACAAAGCCGGCGCCAACGGCUGUGACGAGGGCGGCUGCGCCCCCGGCUAUGGUCUGCAGAGGUUGAGAAUCUUCAGCGACAGCUGUCAGCCCUGCCUGGCUCCCAACUGCGAGACCUGUGCCAAGAAGCGCGAUAUCUGUGAGCUAUGUAAGAAGGACUUUGGGCUGACCUCUGCGGGUCGCUGCGCGGUGUGCGGCCAGGGCUGCAAGAGCUGCAAGAUGGCCGGGAAGUGCGACGAGUGUGACGAUGGCUUCAUCCUCCAGGACCAGCGGUGUUUGGCGUGCUCGGACCGCUGCCUCCGAUGUUCCGCCCCCGGGAAGUGCGACGAGGGCGGCUGCGAGAAGGGCUGGACGGCUGUGGCGGCACCCUGGACUGAGGGCUUUGUCUGCCGGCCCUGCUCGGACCCACAGUGCCCCAGCUGUGACCUGCGUGGCCCUGGCCACUGCGACAUGGAGGAGGUGCCAGUCGGCGGAGCUGGUGGCCCAUCGUUUGAACUCAUGCAAAGGGCGUGAGGACA